AUGGAAGGCACUCCGCGCCUUAGAAGCGCAUUUCCGGCCACUCCACAACAGGGACAACCACAAUAUCGAGAAUCGCGGAAUCCUCGAGAUCGCAUACCCCGACCGCAAUUCGGCGGACGAUCGCCAGCUCGACAGGCAAAACCGCUGCCGCAAAUACCGACUCUCAGAACCAAAACAACAACUGCCUCUACGACUGAUCCACUCAUACCGGAGACAAUAAUAGAUGCGCCGUCACAAAGACUCUAUGCGGCUGCGUUUUGGGUAGCACUAUGGACUUGGAGGACGUACGACUUUGUAGGACUGCAAGAUGCUGAAGAGCAAAGCCUUUGGCUAUUUAUGAAAUGGGUUGCAAUAGAUGGAGUGUUCUUGUUUGGGCUGCCGAGCUUGAGGAUACCCUGGUUGGAAUGGAGUCCGCACGCAAUGAUCUUGAUCUUCUUGAUGCACGCUUUCGCGGACUUCAUGCUCAUGUUUCGAAUCCCCAUACCACUAGGUGCUGGACUUGCUGUUGUCUGGACUGGACUUUUUGGGGUAUCCGAGACCGCCGUGGACGAACACAAUGUCAAUCCCAACACGAUCAAGUUCAACGAGUCUUUGAUUCUCGGGCGGCAGAUCAUCAACAUCCUCCCUGAAGGUUCUGCUGUGCUGAAUCCCGAGAGACAAUCUUUUUGUCUUGACGAGACGCGCCAUGACGCCCGGUUACCGAUUACGAUCAACGCCACGAAUCCGAUCGCCAUCGACAUUCUGCGAGUCGAUCUGAAUACCCAAGCAAAUGAGACCUUGCACAUCAGCAAGUCCCAACUCAAGUCCAUGCACAAGGAGGCAUCGCGACUGCUGUCGUACAGCGAGAAUCCCAACGAGCCCAAGACUCUAUACUACCCAGUCAAGAAGCCGGGCGUUUAUCUGUUGGAGAAGGUUGUCGAUGAGACCAAUUUGGAAGUGUCGCGGAAGAACUUUGCGCACACGGUGGUUGUGCCUUGCCCAAAAGUGGUCAUGAAGCCGUCCGCCGCAGACCGAUGCACAGGUGAUCUCUCAGACAUCGAGAUCGAGGUCACGGGUACACCACCCAUGAAGGUUAAGUAUCGCAAAAUUGUGAACAAGGCGACCCAGUCAGCGACGUUUGAGAACAUCCAGCCAGAAGAUCUGGUAUCGCCACUUAUGCGUCAAGCGCAGGGGGCGCUGGUCGUCCCGAACAGGGUGGACACUGAAUGGGCGAGGUCUCAUACCGUCUCAGUACCACUCAGCGAAGGGUUGAGCAGCGCGGGGAAAUGGGCGUAUGCUAUUGAAGAGAUUGUCGAUGGGUUCGGGAACGUCGUCAGGUAUUCCGACAGCGACAAAGAGCAUCGAGCAGCCUCUUCUUCGCUGCAUCAGGUCAUUCAGGUCCACGAACGACCACAUGUCUUCCUAGAGGGAUGCAGCCCACAGCAGCCCCUAAAGGUAGCCAAAGGUCGUGAUGCGAACUUUCCCCUUCGCUUCGGCUCGACUGGAAAAAUGGAGCUCACCAACGUCGCCCACAGGAUCGAAUACACUUUCAGUCCACAAGAUACGAUGCCGGCGACAGGCGAGCAUGGCUCUGCACGGCAGACUAGAAGAGUGGAGUUGAAGAACAUCAAGGCUCUACCACAGCUUCAUGAGCCUGGACUAUACACUUUGACCAAAGUAUCGACGGAGUUCUGCAGCGGAGACGUCCUUGAGCCUGCCUCGUGCUUGCUCGAGAAUCCACCGGAGCCUCGACUUGCGAUUGUCGGAUCAGAGAUUCAUGAUCAAUGUGCAGGACGUCCAAUCGGUCUGCACGUCGAGCUUGAUCUGGUCGGAACCCCACCAUUCGAGAUCAAGUAUCGCGUUUCCCAUGGGAACCACCACAACGACUGGUACCAUUCACUCGACACCCAUCGAGGUCAGCUCGACCUCAAGCCAUCACAGUCGGGAUUCUACAAGUAUGAGUUCAUGUCAGUCAGCGACGCGGUGUACAAGCGCCAGUCGGUUAAUGUCGAUAUACUCGAGCAAGACGUCAAGCCUUUGGCGAAUGCUAGGCUCAUCAGCAAAGAGAAGCGGACGACCUGCAUUGAUCGACAGACUUCCUUCGAAGUUGCGCUCACUGGCGAACCACCUUUUGAAUUGGACUACGAGCUCGUCCACAAUGGAAAGCGUAAGAAGCUCAACAUGAAGAACAUCACAACAAAUUCGGUCACGCUGGAGACGCAAGCCUUGCGCGAUGGCGGCGAGUACAUGAUCGGACUAGUCAGUGUCGCGGACAAGAUGGGCUGCAAAGAGCCGCUACAGGAGGAAGCGAAGUUCACAGUCCGCCAUCAGAAGCCCAAGGUCGGUUUCGGACAGAUCGAAGGCAGUCGUGACAUCAGAACUCUCGAAGGCAAGCAGAUCCAUCUGCCGCUCCGACUGGUCGGCGAAGGACCAUGGACAUUGAAGUACCUGGACAGAGACGGGAAUGAGCAGACUCUGAGGGCCUCCAACCCCAAUGAUAAGAUCACUGUGGAUCGUGAAGGCACCUACCGGCUCGCCGAACUCUCCGAUGCUUUCUGUCCAGGUGUUGUCGAUGAAUCCGCCAACGAGUUCAAAGUCAGCUGGAUCGCACGACCGGAGCUCCGCAUUGCACCGAAUGAGGUCAAGAGCCAAAAGGGCAGUGCCUACAUCAAAGCUGAUGUCUGCGAGGGAGAGGAGUCCGCCAUCGAAGUCUUGUUCAAAGGUGCGCCGCCUUUCCAGAUGAGCUACGUCCAGUCAGUCAAACCAGAGCACGGCGUUGCCACACCUAAAAACAAGGAGUUGCGAGCAGCUCUUGGCGUCGCAUCGCUGCGGAUGGAGACGUCACAAGCUGGAUUGUACGAAUACAAAUUCACGCAACUGGAUGACGCAAACUACAACAACAAUGCGAAACACUUCACGCCGAUCACCGUUCAGCAGAAAGUCAACUCGAGACCAUCCGCAGCGUUCACGACACCUGGAAAGUCUUACAGCUUCUGCUCUGUGGAGUCGGAUGGCGAGGAGGUCAUUCCCGUCAAGCUUUCUGGCCAACCACCAUUCGAGCUUGAAGUCGAGAUCAAGCACCAUGGCACGGUCAAGGCCGAGCUCGUUUCAUACAACAACAUCGCGUCCAACACUCACAACAUUCGCAUUCCGCAUUCUCGUUUACAGCUAGGCAAGUCUGCGGUGUCCCUUCGGCGUGUUAGCGAUGCCCGCGGAUGUACACGUAGUCUCGACAGCACCACGCCUCGCGUGCAGAUCUCGGUGCACGAUGCACCAACCAUUACUCCCCUCGAGACACAGGCGAACUAUUGUGUCGGCGAUCGCAUCAACUUCGCGCUUUCUGGUAUUGCGCCCUUUCAAGUCUUCUACACAUUCGAAGGCGUUGCGCGAAAAGCGACAGUCUCCAACGGCAACACCUUCCGUCGUUUGGCGGAGAAGCCCGGCGCCUUCAUCAUCACUGGACUUCAAGACUCAGCGUCAUCAUGCAAGGCAACGACACACAUCGCAAAGCAGAUCAACGGUAUGCCGUCAGUUCGUGUAUCUCGUGGCAAGGACAGCUACGUCGACAUCCACGAAGGUGGCCAGGCGGAGAUUCUCUUCGACUUUGGCGGCACGCCGCCGUUCGAGUUCACCUACAUCCGCAGCUCGAACACGGAUAAGCAUGGGAAGAAGGGCGUCAUCUUGGACAUGCGCAGCGAGGUCAGCCACGAGCACAGUAUGCGCGUAUGGGCUAACCAGGAGGGUACGUACGAGGUGGUGAGCAUCAAGGAUGCGUACUGCUCGUAUACGAAGCCGGGCAUUCAGGUUGACGACAAGGUUAAGAAACUUCAGUACUGA